GUGUCUCAAUCACAGCGCGUGCCCUUCCCCCAAUAAUCAAAUCCCUCCAUUUUCUCUCGCACCCGCUCUCAAUUUCCAAAACAAGCAGUCUUCCCUCAUUCUGAUUUGUCUCACUUGCCUUUCUCCACAGUGGUUUUGGAAGAAAUGUCGAGCUUGGUGGAGAGAUUGCGGGUUCGAUCCGAUCGGAGGCCCAUUUACACCCUCGACGAGUCCGACGACGAGGGUGAUUUCGUGAAGAAGAGACCGGGGGUCGGUCCCUCGUCUGAUGAUUUUGAGAGAUUCCAACGCCCCGAUGUGAAAGAAGGGUUAUGUCAAAGUUGUGGAAAAGAUGAUGAUCUUUGGAGCUGUGAAACAUGUACCUAUUCAUAUCAUGCCAAAUGCUUGCUUCCAGUCUCAAGAGAAGGUCCUCCUCCUAGCAGCUGGAAAUGUCCUGAAUGUGUGGGCCAUCUGAAUGAACUUGAUAAGAUACUUGACUGUGAGAUGCGCCCAAGCACUGUUAGUGACAGUGAUGCAUCCGAGCUCGGAUCUAAUCAAGUUAUGAUGAAACAUUAUUUAGUAAAAUGGAAAGGAAGGUCCUACCUCCAUUGCGUAUGGGUACCGGAGAAGGAAUUUGUGAAGGCAUACAAGUCUAAUCCUCGAUUAAGAACUAAAGUGAACAACUUCCACAGACAAGCUUCUUCAUCUAAUAACGCUGAUGAUGAGUGUGUUGCCAUCAGGCCGGACUGGACAACGGUGGAUCGGGUUAUUUCUUGCAGGGAAGUAGAACAUGGGAAAGAAUAUCUUGUGAAGUGGAAGGAGCUUCCAUAUGAUGAAUGCUCUUGGGAACUGGAAUCUGAUAUUUCAUCCUUCCAUAGUGAAAUUGAGAACUAUGAAAGACGUCAGACUCGAAAGGUAUCUGCUGGAAAACAGAAGAGCAGCCUUCAUGAUGCUAUGGAAGUUAAAAAUAAACAGAAAGAUUUUCAGCAGUAUGAGAGCAGCCCUGAUUUCCUCUCUGGAGGUUCUUUGCACCCAUAUCAGCUUGAAGGACUUAAUUUCUUACGUUUUGCUUGGUCCAAACAGACCCAUGUGAUACUUGCUGAUGAAAUGGGACUUGGCAAAACAAUACAGAGCAUUGCCUUCUUAGCAUCUCUUUAUGAGGAGAAUAUAUCUUCUCCUCAUCUUGUGGUUGCUCCUCUCUCAACAUUGAGGAAUUGGGAACGUGAGUUUGCCACAUGGGCUCCUCACAUGAAUGUUGUGAUGUAUGUUGGCGCUUCUCAAGCACGUGCAGUGAUAAGGGAAUACGAAUUUUACUAUCCCAAAAAUCACAAGAAGAACAAGAAAAAGAAAAGUGGUCAAUCUGUCAGUGAAAGCAGACACGAUCGAAUAAAAUUUGAUGUGCUUCUGACAUCUUAUGAAAUGAUCAAUAUGGAUUCAACAUCUUUGAAGCCUAUUAAGUGGGAAUGCAUGAUUGUUGAUGAAGGCCAUAGGCUCAAAAACAAGGACUCUAAAUUGUUUUCUUCAUUGAAGCAAUACUCCACCAGACAUCGUGUCCUGCUCACUGGCACACCUCUUCAGAACAACUUAGAUGAGCUUUUCAUGCUCAUGCAUUUCCUUGAUGCUGGGAAGUUUGCAAGCUUAGAGGAUUUCCAGGAGGAGUUCAAGGAUAUUAAUCAGGAGGAACAAAUAUCUAGGCUUCAUAAGAUGUUAGCUCCACAUCUCCUCAGAAGAGUGAAGAAGGAUGUCAUGAAGGAGCUGCCCCCUAAAAAGGAGCUAAUACUUCGUGUUGAGUUGAGUAGCAUGCAGAAGGAGUACUACAAAGCAAUCUUGACUCGUAAUUAUCAGAUACUUACUCGCAAAGGAGGUGCCCAGAUUUCCCUUAUAAAUGUGGUCAUGGAACUGCGCAAGCUAUGCUGUCAUCCCUUUAUGUUGGAGGGCGUUGAACCAGAUGAUAAUAAUGAGUUUAACAAGCAAUUGUUGGAAUCCUCUGGGAAAUUGCAACUAUUGGACAAGAUGAUGUUAAAACUCAAAGAGGAGGGCCACAGAGUUCUGAUAUAUUCUCAAUUCCAGCAUAUGUUGGACUUGCUAGAAGAUUACUGUAACUAUCGGAAAUGGACUUAUGAGAGGAUUGAUGGAAAAGUUGGUGGAGCUGAAAGACAAGUUCGUAUAGAUAGGUUCAAUGCAAAGAAUUCAUCAAGAUUUUGUUUUCUGUUAUCAACUAGAGCUGGGGGUCUAGGGAUUAACCUUGCUACUGCUGACACAGUCAUUAUAUAUGACAGCGACUGGAAUCCUCAUGCAGAUCUACAGGCGAUGGCAAGAGCUCACCGUCUUGGCCAAACCAACAAGGUUAUGAUUUACAGGCUAAUAACACGAGGAACCAUUGAAGAAAGGAUGAUGCAAUUGACCAAAAAGAAAAUGGUUUUGGAGCAUCUAGUUGUUGGAAGGCUUAAAGCUCAAAACAUUAACCAGGAAGAAUUAGAUGACAUUAUCAGGUAUGGCUCAAUGGAGUUAUUUGCUGAUGAUAACGAUGAAUCAGUAAAAUCUCGUCAAAUUCAUUACGAUGAUACUGCAAUUGAUCGAUUACUUAAUCGGGAUCAAAUUGGAGAGGAAGAGGCAUUGUUAGACGAUGAAGAGGAGGAUGGAUUUCUAAAGGCUUUUAAGGUAGCCAACUUCGAGUAUGUUGAUGAAGCGGAAACAGAAGAGGAGGUACCUGCUCCACCAUCAGAAAGUAAAGCCUCUGUUAAUCCUGAACGUGCAAGCUUCUGGGAAGAUCUGUUGCGAGAUAAAUACGAAGUGCAGAAAGUCGAAGAAUUUAAUGCUAUGGGCAAGGGAAAGAGGAGCCGCAAGCAGAUGGUAUCUGUUGAAGAAGAUGACCUUGCUGGUUUAGAAGAUGUAAGCUCUGACGGGGAAGAUGAUAAUUAUGAGGCUGAGUUAACAGAUAAUGAGACAGCUACAGUUGGAGCUGCUGCUGUAAAGAAAUCCUACAGAAAAAGAUCACGUGACACUUCAGAAAAACUUCCUCUCAUGGAGGGCGAAGGAAGAUACCUUCGAGUACUUGGGUUUAACCAGAGUCAGAGGGCUGUGUUUGUCCAAAUUUUGAUGAGAUUUGGUGUUGGAGAAUAUGAUUGGACAGAGUUCGCCGCACGUCUAAAGCAGAAGUCUUAUGAUGAAAUUAGCGAUUACGGGAGACUUUUCUUGCAUCACAUAUGCGAAGAGAUAAACGACUCCCCUACUUUUUCAGACAAUGUACCCAAAGAGGGACUAAGAAUAGAAGAUGUACUCGUCAGAAUAGGAACACUAUCUCUCAUCAGGGACAAAUUAAAGGUGUUAUCAGAUGGCUCUAGUGUUUUCAAGGAUGAUAUCAUAUCCCGCUAUCCAGGAUUGAAAGGAGGGAGAGUUUGGAAGGAUCACCACGAUAAGUUGCUUUUGCGAGCAGUAAUGAAGCAUGGUUAUGGAAGAUGGCAAGCAAUUGUUGAUGACAAGGACUUGAGAAUACAAGAAGUGAUUUGUCAGGAGUUGAACCUUCCAUUCAUAAAUACACCUACCCCAGGAGCUACUCAAGUGCAGAAUGCUAUGGGGACUUCUCAGGCCCAGGCCUCUGCUGCUGGAGUUCCCCCGCCUCAAGUUUCCAACCCGGGAAUAUCUCAGUCAACAAAUGGUGUGAACUCAGAACAUGCUGAAGCACCUGGAAAUGAGGCAAAAGGGACUACUGCUGGGAGCGAAGCUACUCCUGAUAUUGUGCAAGGAGCUACUGAUACUACAUCCCGAUCACAACUUUUCCAAGACCAGUCCAUGCUGUACCAUUUCCGGGAGAUGCAGAGAAGACAAGUUGAAUUUAUCAAGAAAAGGGUUCUGCUUCUAGAAAAAGGUCUCAACGCAGAGCUGCAGAGAGCUUAUUAUGCGGAUGAGAAACCAAAUGGAGUUCCAAACGAAGAGCCACCACGCAAGGUCAAAGAAACAGAAACUCCAUGUUCCGAGGCAUUUGAUACCAAAAUGAUAGAUCCGUUGCCAGAAGUUGAAAUAAUAUCUUCCACAGAAAUCUCGGAAUGUGCUUGUGACACCACACAGGAGCGCUUGGCCAUAGCUAGGCUCUUCAAUGAGAUGACCAUGAUAUUGAAAGAUAACGUGCUCGAUUCGGGUGAAGCAAGUUUGGAGUCGAGGAAAAAGCUGGCCCCCCUCAAAGAAAUGAGCGAAGAAAUAACCCAAAUACUGACAGUAGUAGAUAGUAGCCAGGCGAUGGAUGUCGAUCAAAGUAAUGCUGGUGCUGAUGCCGAAGCAGCAGAAUCAAUUGGUAAUGGAAAUGCUGGUGCUGAUGCCGAAGCAGUAGAAUCAAUUGGUAAUGGAUCUGACCAUGUAGAAACGGAGGAGAAACCGAACCCUCAGGCUACUGACUGACUGACUAUUUAGGAUGUUGUAUGUACAACUAAAAUACAUUUUUUGUAUGUCUGUUUGUCUGUAAUAUUUGACUACAGUUUAGGUGGUAAAAGACUACAAUUCUCAAAUUUCGUCUAUAAUUUCGACGGUUUAGUAGAAACAAUUUUUUUAA